AUGAGGAAAACCUCCCAGGAUUGUCUCACUUUGUCUCCAGACUGGAAAGUAGAAGAUGAGGACAUCACACAGUAUAGUCCAGGAGAAAACCCGGCUCCCUCCAAUGUCCAUCCGGCACCACCCAGUGUAGAUGGACCAUCGGAUUCCUCGUAUCCUGAGGAACCUCAGACUGUGCGGGACCAGGCCGGCCUUCCAACAGAGAAGAGGUUUUACUGUACUGAGUGCGGGAAAUGUUUCCAUUUUAAAUCAAGCUUAAAUGAGCAUAAAAGGUCUCACACGGGGGAGAAGCCGUAUCCCUGUCCUGAGUGCGGGAAAUGUUUUUCAAAGAUGUCCAAUCUCUGCAGACAUCAGAAAUCUCACUCAGGGAAGAGGUUCUCCUGUACUGAGUGCGGGAAGGGUUUCCAUUCUAAAUCCAAUCUUAAUGAACAUAAAAGAACUCACACAGGUGCCAAGCCAUAUUCCUGUCCUGAGUGUGGGAAUUGUUUUUCAAAGACAUCCAAUCUCUACCGACAUCAGAGGUCUCACACAGGUGAGAAGCCAUAUUCCUGUUCUGAAUGCGGGAAAUGUUUUGUAAAUAGAUCACGUCUUUUCACGCAUCUAAGGUCUCACACAGGGGAGAAGCCGUUUUCUUGUUCUGAGUGCAAGAAAUGUUUUUCAGAGAAGGCACAUCUUUAUGAUCAUCUAAGACAGCACACGGGUGAGAAAAAACCACAUUCCUGUCCUGAGUGCGGGAAAUGUUUUUCAAGAAAAUCCACUCUUUCCAUUCAUCAAAGAUCUCACACGGGGGAAAAGCCGUAUUCCUGUCCUGAGUGUGGAAAAUGUUUUGGAAAUAAAUCACAUCUUGGUAAACAUCACCAGAAAUGGCACACGGGUGAGAAGCCAUAUUCCUGUUCUGAGUGCGGGAAGUUUUUUGCACAAAAAUCAGAUCUUGUCACACAUCAGAGAUCUCACACAGGGGAGAAACCGUAUUCCUGUCCUGAGUGCUGGAAAUGUUUUUCAGGGAAGUCUAAUCUGUACAGACAUCAGCAAAGAUCUCACACUGGGGAAAAGCCUUUUUCCUGUCCUGAGUGCGGGAAAUGUUUUUCAUUGAAAUCCAGUCUUUGCAGACAUCAGAGAUCUCACACAGGGGAGAAGCCAUAUUCCUGUCCCGAGUGUGGGAAAUGUUUUUCAGAUAAGUCCAAUCUUUACGCAUCACAUCAGAGAUCUCACACACGGGAGAAGCCGUAUUUCUGUUCUGAGUGCGGGAAAUUGUUUUUCAGAAAGUCCUCUCUUCACAGACAUCAGAGAUCUCACACGGGGAAAGCCAUAUUUCUGUCCUGA